AUGGCCAGGUCUUCCACACUUCUUCUUUUGGCCAGUCUGGCCCUCCUGAGCAGACAUGCGGCUCUCGCCAAUUUCAGCUUCCCAGAUUGCAUCUCAGGGCCACUCGCCAACAAUUCCGUGUGCAACGCCUCAUUAGACACAGAUCCUACCACACGCGCAAAGGCCUUGGUUUCGGUACUCACCACGGCCGAGAAGAUCAAUGCCACAAUCUCUACAUCCCCUGGCGUUCCCAGGCUCGGACUGUCCGCCUACGAGUGGUGGAACGAGGGCCUCCACGGCAUAGCUGACUCGCCAGGCGUGACGUUUAACUCGGACAAUGCAUCUGAGUUUGGCUCGGCCACAUCGUUCCCCCAGCCCAUCACCAUGGGCGCAGCCUUUGACGACGAUCUCAUCUACGCAGUAGCCACCGUCGUGUCCACUGAGGCCCGCGCCUUCAGCAACAACGGCAGGGCAGGCCUGGAUUACUGGACGCCCAACAUCAACCCCUUCCGCGAUCCUCGCUGGGGACGAGGCCAGGAAACACCUGGCGAAGACCCCUUCCACCUCUCCUCGUACGUCAAGAGCCUGAUCGCCGGGCUUCAGGGCACAGACGACGCUGAGGGCAGUGUCAAUGGCACGUACAAGAAGGUCGUGUCUACCUGCAAGCACUUUGCAGGGUACGAUGUCGAGUCCUGGGACGGCAACUACAGGUACCAGUUCGAUGCGUCCAUUUCUACACAGGACAUGGUCGAGUAUUACCUGCCGUCCUUCCAGGCCUGUGCACGCGAUGCUAAGGUCGGAGCGUUCAUGUGUUCGUACAAUGCCGUCAACGGUGUGCCCACUUGUGCAGACGACUGGCUCUUGAACGACGUCCUGCGAGACCACUGGAACUGGUCUGCCACCACCGAGGGCUGGGUGACCAGCGACUGUGACGCGGUGCAGAACGUUUUUCUCCCACACCGCUGGGCCGACUCCAGGGCCGCAGCAGCAGCAGCAUCUCUCAAGGCCGGCACCGAUCUCAACUGCGGAACCUACUACUCACAUCACCUGGGCGAGGCGUAUGAUCAAGGUCUCGUCAAUGACACAGACCUUGACACCGCGCUCACAAGACUCUAUUCCAGCCUCGUCAGACUAGGCUUCUUUGAUUCUGCCGACGACCAGCCAUAUCGGUCGCUGGGCUGGGAAGACGUGAACACCCCCGAGGCGCAAACCUUGGCCUAUCUCGCCUCAGUCGAGGGCACAGUGCUGCUGAAGAAUACCAACAACACCCUGCCGCUCACAACCGACCAACUACAGGGCAAGACAGUCGCCGUGCUGGGCGACUGGGCCGCCGCCACAACCCAGAUGCAGGGCUCAUACUACGGCGUCGCGCCCUAUCUGAACUCACCGCUCUACGCAGUCCAACAGCUCCUCGGCAGCGACAACGUGCUGUACUCUGCCGGCCCCAGCUACGGCGACCCGACGACCAACAGCUGGGACACGAUCUGGGAAGCCGCAGAUGCGGCAGACGUGCUUCUAUACUUUGGCGGCAUCGAUGAUUCCGUCGAGUCCGAGGGCAAUGACCGUGUCAGCAUUGCCUGGACGGGUGCCCAGCUCGACGUGAUUGGCGAGCUGGCACUGUCGGGCAAGCCGCUUGUCGUCGUGCAGAUGGGCGGCGGCCAGGUCGACAGCAGCCCACUCUUGGCCAACCCGGGCGUUGGCGCUCUGCUGUGGGGUGGUUAUCCGGGCCAGGACGGCGGGCCUGCGAUUGUGGAUGUCAUUACUGGGCAGCAGGCGCCUGCAGGAAGGUUGCCGCUCACACAGUAUCCUGCCGGAUACAUUGCCAACGUCUCGAUGACGGAUAUGUCCCUGCGGCCGGACGAGGCGAGUGGUUUUCCUGGGAGGACGUACAGAUGGUAUGACGGCGAGGCUGUCUUCCCAUUUGGUUAUGGGCUGCACUACACCACUUUCACCGCGGAGAUGAGCCUGUCUAGUUCUACGAAGAGCUUCGACAUUGCGAGUUUGACGAGCAACUGCACUGGCGUGGAGUACUUGGACCUGUGCCCAUUUGCCUCGGUUCCUGUGACGGUUCACAACACGGGCAACACUCUGUCUGACUAUGUGGCCCUGCUCUUCCUGAAGGGCGAGUUCGGCCCUACGCCGUAUCCGCUCAAGACGCUCGUGGCGUACCAGCGGGCGCACAACAUCUCGGCGGGUUCAGCAGGCACGGCCACUCUGAAUUUGACUCUGGGAAGUCUGUCAAGGGUGGACGAGGACGGGAACAGAGUUCUUUACCCUGGCAGUUACAGCCUCGAGCUUGAUAUCGAGCCAGGGCUGGCGGUAGUGAACUUUACGCUGACUGGCCAGGAGACGGUCCUCGAUCAGUGGCCUACCGCGCCGACAGGGAGAAAGGGGUCGGGUACGACGGAGGUGGGAGAGGGAUAUUUUGUGGGCGGGUAUGGAACGAUGAAUGAUGCCAGUGGGCAAUCAUAUUUGUCUAGCUGA